CUGGAAGAAACUAAUUAGACGUUCUUCUCUGAAAUAGUCAGCUGUCCUUUGACCACGGAGAACAAAAACAAAUCGCUUUGACCUACACUUGGAAAAUAAACGGUAUCAUUCACACUGCACGGCUCAAAAGUAUAGCGCAAUGACUCGCGUGGGUUCGACUUCUCUCCUGACUCAUAAUUAAUGGUGAAAACCAAAUGGAGAGGUGAGGGAAAAUCCCGCCCCGUUGGCUGUGAGGGGUGAGACCGGGACAGUCAAAGCUGGAGAGUCAAAGUGAGAGGACGCUGGAAAGUUAGGACAGAACCUACUGUGGAUAUUAACGAGGUCUUUACUUUACUGCUAUUUUUAAGCGGACAAGGACAUGAAACUUUAAUUUUACAUCGAGUAUAUCGCCUUUUUGGAACGCAUCAAUUCUGCGUCUUUACGCACGAGAGGAAAAAACAAAUAAAACAACAACUUCGACAUUUUUGGAAAUCUGCUCAUUGCAGGGAUGUUCAAACGAGCCACAUCAUUCUGACAGGCUCCUCAAAGGAUGUGACUCUGCCAACUUGACCACCCUUGCCUCUGUGUCCAGUGCUGUGCCGCCCUCUGCUGUGUGACCGAGGAAGGUCAAGAAGGGCCAGGCAGUAUGAGUAAUCAAAUAGAGGAGGGGAUGAACCCUGUCAUAGUCAUCCACUACAACCACUCGGGAAAGUGGGAACGGCCCCGCGUCAGUGGGGCCUGCAAAAUGGUGCUGCUGCUCCUCAUCUGCGUGCUGAUUGUUCUGGAGAACAUUACAGUUCUCCUCGCCAUCUGGAGGAAUAAGCGCUUCCAUAGCCGUAUGUACUUUCUCAUUGGAAACCUAGCGUUGUCAGACCUGCUGGCUGGGGUGGCUUAUAUGGUUAACAUCUUUAACUCGGGACCAAAAACCUUCUUCUUGACGCCACUGGAGUGGCUGGCCAGAGAAGGCAGCAUGUUUGUAGCCCUCAGCGCUUCCACCUUCAGCCUUCUGGCCAUUGGGAUCGAGAGGCACAUGACAAUGGUGCGUCUGCGCCCCUGCGAGACAGCAGGUCGAGGUCGGCUUCUAGCACUGCUGGUAGCCUGCUGGCUUGUGUCGGUACUGCUGAGUGCUCUGCCCAGCCUGGGCUGGAACUGCCUAAACAAUCUGCCUUCCUGCUCCACAGUGCUGCCGCUCUAUGCUAAGAGUUAUAUUGCUUUCUGCAUCAGUGUGUUCAGUGCCCUGUUGGUGGCCAUCAUUAUACUCUACAUCAGGAUCUACCGUCUGGUGACCUCCAGUAGCCGCAGGGUGAGCAGCCGGCCUUCAGAGCGUUCGUUGGCCUUGCUUCGUACGGUGGUUAUUGUGCUUGGGGUUUUUGUCAUGUGCUGGUCUCCCUUGUUUCUCCUGCUCCUGCUGGAUGUUGGUUGCAGUCCAGAUAAGUGCCCUGUUCUCUACCAGGUGGACUGGUUCAUUGCCCUUGCUGUACUCAACUCUGCUCUUAACCCCCUCAUAUAUACUCUGUCCAGCAGAGAAAUGAGAAGCGCAUUUUUCCGGUUGCUGUGCUGUUGUCAGACCAGCAUGGAGCACACUGGGACUCCUGCAGUGGGCAACCCCAACCUAGGGACAAUCAUCCCCACAGGAGAAAACAGCAAGACAAGUUUUGGUGGAGGAGGGGGGAGCGGGGAUGGGAAGUCUACAAUGAAUAGAGGGAAGGUUCCCACACCUGUGAACUUAGACAACAAGCACGGAGAUCCCUCCGCCACCGCCGUGCCCCAUCCUUCAGGGCCAGCAGACCUGCUUUCAGCUGUACUUGUCAAGGCGGGAGCGCUGCCAGCCCUCAACAAGUUUUAAAUGGAAAAGCCUAAAUGAGGUGUUACAGUUACACAGAAACAGACUGGUCUGAAAUAAUCCUGCUACCAGCCACUUUUUGCUUGUACAGUGUCGUUUGGGAAGCAUGGCUUAGAUGAAGUAAUGAUAAAAUAAUUCAGAAAUUCAUUUGGAACCAAAUGCAUCUGAUUCUGAAUCAUAGUACAAAGGAACUCUUAAAGCCACUAUUUACAGGAACUCAGAUGUCUUUUCCAACACUAAACUCGCUCGAAUACAGCGUCGGAGACUUACUUGGAUUUAGAAAUUUUCGACAUUGAAUUCAUAUUGACUGGGGAUGCCGUAAAGCAUGAUUUACUCUUUUAGUGUUUUGUCUGUCAUUGAGGGUUUUUUUUCUUGUCAUUUUAAGCAAAAUGAUCAAAUUCUUGCACUUUUCUUUUUUUUUGCAUGUACUAUACGCAGGAAAUCUUCAAACACCUGCAUUUUUCAUUACUUGACUGAUAGACUAUUUAUUUUCUGUGAGAACAUUUGCCACCUUAAUGCUACACAGCAGUGUUUUAUUUUUUGUUUGUUUUUUGCUUUGUGUGCAUGAAACCCAUCAUGGUACUAGGACUUUACUGUUCACUUUAUUAUUGAUUAUUUGCAAUGCACUGUGAGAGAAACCUAUUCUAUAAGUUUAGUGCCAGACUAGCAGCCUCAUCAGGCUGUGAUGUGCAUAAUUACAAACCAAAAACAACAAAAAACCUGUUGGUUGAAGGAAAAAUGACACUGCUAGUAGUUGAUUCUUACCACUAGUGGGCAACAUAGUAAAGUAUGCCCUGAUGGUAGUGCUGCAGGAGGUGGUGUUAAUUUGUGGGAUUCAACUCAUGGACAUUUCAGGUUCAGGUCAACAGAAGUUACACUGUGAGCAAAAUCGGCCUGGCUAAUAGCGACAAUCAUGAAAAUAUUAGGGUCUCAUCAGCACAUCUACAAACCACUUGCCCAUCAACUAACCACUAGUAAAUACGAGUGUUGGAUGUGAAUUAUUUAAGAGUUGUAGACUGUAAAUGACAUUUAUGCUGAGGGUGAUGUAUUGCCUGAUACGUUAAAUAGCAAAUAAAAUUCUAUUCGCUUUUAUCCGAUUUUCAUGCGUCAUUUUGUUUUAUGGAAUCAGGGGCUCGUUCCAAAUCCCCUUCUUCUCAUUUCGUCUGUCCCUGUGAUCGCCAGCUGCAUAAAUUUGCUAAAGAAUAGUCAUAAAACCCGAUGAUAAAAACCUUUUGUCAAAUGAAUGGCAGAUUCUACUACUAUCAAUCCUUCAUAAGAUCCUUAUUGAAGCCUAAGCCGUGAAUUCCACACAUUUAUUAAUGUGCGGUAUAAUUUGCCGUUGGUUUAUUAAUUGCUUUUCACAGAGGAGAGAAGAAAUGUCAUCAGAUUUAACCUGCUGCACUCAUUUAAUACCCUAAUGGGAGCACGUUCCUGCUAUCUUACACGCCUACACAUGCAGACAUGGGUCAGACGCUGAUGAAUAAUGCAAAAAAAUUCUUCAUCCGUAUUAUGACUUGAUCUUUCCAGUCAGUGAGGUCAUUUGCCGAUAAAAGACGUACUACUUGUGGCUACUGUGGAAAAACAGUCCGGGUGUUGUAUGAAUUCUAUGAAAAUCAUUUAGGAUGUUUCUUUAACAAAAAAAAAGAGUGAUACCUGUGUGAAUGAUUUGAUUGGCAGAGUAUGACAGAUAAUAAUCAGAUGUGUAAGCAGCAUAUUUAGACGUUGAUAACUAAAGACAAGGAAAGAAUUUGUUUGUUUUUGACCUAAAAUACUGCUGCACUAAAGCAUACUUUUACACUGAGCUGACAAAUGAGCAGAGUUUGAUCUUUUUACUGCACCGCGAGACCAGACAGGUGCUGUCAGAGUGGCAUUUUAUACUUGCCUCAGCUAAAGGAUGUGUCUCGGCUCUGCACUUCCAGUUCUGAUGAAGAGAGACAGCGAGGACGCAAUACCGGCCGAACAUUUCCAGCUUAAAGGUCACUGACUGCUUCCUGUCAGAAAUGUCUGAACACGUUCUUUUCUGAAUUAGCUGGGGAUGAUUGUGGCCUUAUGCCACGUGGAACACCGGAAAAUGUCCAAAUGUUGAGCUGUGUAGUGUGAUUUAUAGACAGUGUAUCCUGUGUUUCCUGAAACAGUUUACCCAAUCUCUGCUUCAUCCUCACCAUUGCUUUAUUAAAUCACAUCCUCAUUUUAGUUCCGCUAAAUCUGUCUUUUUUUUAGUCUGAAAACAGGUUUGCAAAGAAUAGAAGAUAAAUAAAAAUCCAUAAAAAUAAGCAACAUACAGAAUAAUAGAAAAUUUCACUCUCAGAAAUUUCACCGAGGGGAUCCAGCGAUAUUUAAAACACGUUAAAUUAAUGCUAUUCCAAAAAGGAUGAUUAUUCUUCAUCCCCUCCUUAACAUAAAGUUUGGAGUUUGAGAUAAAUCUUUUAAUGUCAUGGCAAAAAAAAGUAAACUAAAUAUUCUGGCACUAUCAUGUACAAAUACCCUAAUGUAACAGCAAGAUGGACUGCUACUCCUAAAUGUAGACAAUACAAUGAAAAACAAGGAAUGAAUAAAUAACUUG